AUGGUUAAUUAUAAGAAACCAAAGAGAAGGGUGGCUUUUGUGCUGAUAGAUGGUUUGGGCGAUGUAUCACUGCCAAUGUUUGGUUAUAAAACCCCGUUGCAAGUAGCCAACACGCCUAAUUUGGAUGCGAUUGCUUCUGCUGGUAUAAAUGGUUUGAUGGAUCCCGUUGAAGUAGGCUUGGCCUGUGGAAGUGAUACAGCCCAUCUUUCUUUAUUGGGUUAUGACCCUAGGGUUUAUUAUCGAGGUCGGGGUGCAUUUGAAUCAAUGGGUGCUGGACUGGCAAUGUCUCCAGGAGAUAUUGCAUUUAAAUCAAACUUUGCAACCCUGGACGAGAAAACUGGAGUAGUUGUUAGCAGGAGGGCAGCUAGGCACUUUGAAGAGGAAGGGCCUAUUCUCUGUGCAGCAUUGGAUGGAAUGAAGCUGCCAUCUUUUCCUGAGUAUGAAGUUAGAGUCAGGUACGCAACAGAGCAUAGAUGUGGAGUGGUUGUAAACGGACCAAAAUUAAGUGGAAAUAUAUCAGGAACAGAUCCACUGAAGGAUAAUCGCUUACUUCAUCAAGCUGAAGCCCUCGAUGAUUCUGAUGAAGCAAAGCACACGGCUGCAGUUGUUAAUGAAUUGUCAAAAGAGAUUUCUCGCAUUUUAGUUUCUCAUCCAGUAAAUGUUAAAAGGGCAGCAGAAGGAAAGAAUAUUGCGAAUGUUGUCCUUUUGCGAGGAUGUGGUAUUCGAAUUGAGGUUCCUCAAUUUGAAAAGAUACAUGGGCUGCGGCGAUGCAUGGUGGCUCCCACCAAAAUUAUAGCUGGCUUGGGUUUGUCUCUGGGUAUUGAUAUUCUAGAAGCUCCAGGAGCAACAGGAGACUACAGAACUCUAUUAACUUCAAAAGCAACUGCCGUAGCCAAGGCACUUUCAGCUCCUCUGCAAUCUUGCCCCUGUGUUCUUGUACCUGGGGAGGACGAACACAAACCUGGUCGAGCAGAUGGCUAUGAUUUUGGGUUCCUUCACAUCAAGGCAAUAGAUGAUGCAGGCCAUGAUAAAGCUAGCAUGUUCAAAGCCAAAGGAUUGGAAGCUGUUGAUCAAGCUAUUGGACAGCUGGCUAGGCUCCUUUGGGAAGCAGAAUCGAUGGGGGCAUUUCGAUAUUACCUUUGUGUCACUGGAGACCACUUGACUCCAGUUGAAUAUGGUGACCACAGCUUUGAACCUGUCCCAUUUGCAUUAUGUCGUUUAAAAGACUUUGUAGGUGCUGUGGGAGGUGAAUCGGUUCUUUCUAAAACUCCUCUCGACCCAUUUCCAAUUCCAACAAUCCAAGCUGGUGAAGAUUUUGUAGAAGAUUUGCUGAUGCAAGAAGAGAAACGAAACAAACAUAUAGAGGCUUUUAAUGGUGACACGGUUUUUGAGUUGAAUGAGAUAGCAGCAGCAAGAGGCUGUCUUGGGCGAUUUGCUGGAACUGAAAUGAUGGGAAUUAUAAAGGCAUUUCUUAAGCUCGAAACAUAA